AUGAAUCCGGUAGGCGGGAGUGGAAGUGGGAGUGGCAGUGGAAGUGGGCAAGGCACAGGAACGGGCAAGCAUCCCGCUAGCCCAGGUGAAUGUCAGGGCAGUCCGAAGCGAGUCAAACCAGAUGUUGACACUCACAAUGAGAAUUGCUUCCGAGGUGCUGAGAUCGAAGAUCUCUUGUGGUACACGACAGAAAAGAUUACGGAGACAUACGGUCAUGACUACUCCAGGGGCUUGGACUCGCGUCAGCUGCGUAAGAAAGGAUGGGAGCUCACUAAUACGGCGCAAGAUAUGAACAGCCUUUGUCCCGAGCUGGAAGGACUUGAGCCAGACUGGGACACUCUGCGAGGCAGAGCCGGCGAUUUCAAUAGGUAUUUCCCGAAACUGCAAGUCAAGGCGGGCUUUGGCGAGUGGGAGACGCAUUCCAGCCAAAAUGAGCUUCGCACCUCUUACGUCAACUCUUACAGUCGCAAUUAUAAAGCUUUUGUGAUCUCUUCGGCAGACGACCAGGUCUGGAAACAUGGCAUACCAUCGGGCCAUGUCCCAGUUCAAGCCCAAGCCGAGGAAAGUAUUCGCUGGGCAGACAUAGCUUACUACGACUGGGCUAUAUCUAAAAAUCAUGCGGGAACUGGAUUUAAGACCAAGCCGCACCCAGACUCCACUCACAAGAUAUCCCCCACACCGAAUUGGUUUCUGAUCCAAUCAGCUGCCGUAUCGCCGGACACAAAGACCGUCACCAAGUAUUGUCUGAGUCUUUUCGGCAUUGAUGCGUUGCCCGUCUGGCCCAAAAUCAUCACUUUCCCGACUGGCUCAUACUGCCACAGAUUGGUCCUGGGUACAGCAAGUUCUGCGGAGGUUGCUCAAUUCCUGAUUACAAAACGUUGGGUGCUGGGCCACAAAGUGUUCUCGUCUGUCACGAUAUAUGCCACAAGUGAAGACAAGAAGCAAGAAGCACCAAAUUUGUUGUGGCAGACUGCGGAGUUCCAUGACAAACUCGAUGUUAUGAGACAGUCGAAUAACGAGGCUGCUUUCCCAGGGACACCUGACGGAUAUCCACACAUGUUCAAGCCAAUUCCCGGAGGGCAGAAGGCAUAG